AUUUUAACCCUCACCCUUAUUUUCAGUCAGGACCUACAUUCCAAUUUAUACUUUGUCAAUGCGUCUCUGCAAGAGGUAGUGUUUGCCAGCACCACAGGGACUUCGGUUCCCUGUCCCGCUGCAGGUGUGCCACCCACCUCGCUGCGCUGGUACUUGUCCACUGGCGAGGAAAUCUACGAUGUCCCAGGAAUCCGCCAUGUUCACCCCAAUGGCACCCUCCAGAUCUUCAACUUCCUGCCCUCCAGCUUCAGCAAGCUGAUCCAUGACAACACUUACUACUGCACCGCUGAGAAUCCUUCAGGCAAGAUUAGAAGCCAGGACGUCCACAUCAAAGCUGUUUCUCGGGAACCCUACACGGUCAGAGUCGCUGACCAGAAGGCUAUGAGAGGCAAUGUAGCUGUCUUCAAGUGCAUUAUCCCUGCCUCAGUUGAGGCCUACGUCACUGUUGUGUCAUGGGAAAAAGACACCGUCUCAAUCAGCUCAGGGCAAAGAUAUCUCAUAACAUCCACAGGAGCCUUGUAUAUUCUGGACGUCCUACCUGAGGAUGGACUGAAUAAUUAUCGCUGCACCACGCGUCACCGCUACACUGGUGAGACUCGGCAGAGCAACAGUGCCCGUCUCAUUGUGUCAGACCCCACCAAUGCCGAGCCAGGCAUUCUGGAUGGCUUUGACCAGCGUGAGGUGAUGAUCAAUCAUCAGGUGGGGCUGCCCUGCAAAGCGUCAGGCUAUCCUUUACCCAAGUACCGCUGGCUGAAAGACAACAGCCCGCUGGAGCCAGACAGCCGCUUUCACCAGACCAUUACAGGGUUGCUGAUCGAGAGCUCCCAGCCCAGCGACUCAGGGACAUAUGUUUGUGAGGUGUGGAACAGCUAUGGCAAUGCUGAAGUCAUGGGGCGGCUGCUCAUCAGACAGCCCUUGAAGGCAGUGGUUAGUCCUCGGAAGGUAAAAGGCAGUGUGGGUAGCAAGGUUUCUCUGUCCUGUAGUGUGAGUGGCUCAGACGAUUAUGAGCUGUCAUGGUAUCGAAAUGGAGAGCUCAUCUACCCUGGUAACAAUGUCCGCAUCACUGGAAUCAACCGAGAAAACCUAGUAAUGGAGGGAAUGGCCAAGAGUGACGGGGGAGCCUACCAAUGUUUUGCCAGAAAGGGCAAAAUGUCCACCCAGGACUUUGUACAAGUUAUUCUUGAGGACGGCACGCCAAAGAUCCUGUCCUCCUUCAAUGAGAAAGUGGUAAACCCAAACGAGCCCGUCUUUCUGAUUUGCCAUGUCAAGGGCACGCCUCCUCCUAGCUGCACGUGGUCACUCGAUGACGACCCCAUCACGAAAGACAGCCAUCACCACCUGGGCCACUAUGAGACCCACGAGGGCCACGUGGUCAGCCAGCUGAACGUCACGCACACCCAGGUGCAAGAUGGCGGAGUUUAUCGUUGCAUGUGCGGCAACUCGGCUGGGGUGGUGUACCACCAGGCUCGAAUAAACGUAAGAGGUCGGGCCAGCAUUCGACCAAUGAAAAACAUCACAGCAAUUGCUGGACGGGAUGCUUUUGUACAUUGCCGUGUGAUUGGCUACCCUUACUACUCCAUAAAGUGGUACAAGAACUCGGCACUGCUCCCCUUCAACCAUAGGCAGCGAGCUUUUGAGAACAACGGGACACUUAAGCUGUCCAAUGUGCAGCAGAUUGAUGCUGGAGAAUAUAACUGCAAGGUGAUGGUCCAGCCCAACAAGAUGGACAUCCAGAGUGUCCAUGUUCAAGUCAGAGUGCCCCCCUACAUCCAGCCGUUUGAGUUCCAGCGCUUCACCAUCGGCCAGCGUGUCUUCAUCCCCUGUGUGGUCAUGUCAGGUGACCAGCCCCUGGACAUCACUUGGCAGAAGGAUGGCCAACCAAUUCCAGCCAGCCUCGGCGUAACCGUGGACAACAUUGACUUCACCAGCUCUCUGCGCAUCUCUAAUUUGACCCCUGAACACAACGGCAACUACACCUGCAUCGCCCGUAACGAGGCUGCUGUUGUGGAGCACCAGAGUCAGCUCAUUGUCAGAGUUCCUCCCCAAUUUGUGGUUCAGCCUGAGGACCAAGAUGGGAUCUAUGGGAAAACUAUCACUCUUAACUGCUCUGCUGAAGGUUACCCACGGCCCACCAUUGUAUGGGAACACUCGAAAGGUGCAGGGGUCCCCCAGUUUCAGCCAAUCCUUCUUAACAGUGGUUCUCGGAUCCAGCUGCUAAGCAAUGGCUCACUGCUGAUCAAACAUGUAUUGGAGGAUGACAGUGGCUUCUACCUGUGUAAGGUCAGCAACGACGUGGGAGCUGAUGUCAGCCAGUCCAUGUACCUCACCGUCAAGAUCCCAGCCAUGAUCACCUCCUACCCCAACACCACGCUGGCCACACAGGGUGAAGAGAAAAGGAUGAGCUGCACUGCUCAUGGAGAGAAGCCGAUCAUGGUACGCUGGGAGAAAGAAGAACGCAUCAUCAACCCCGAGACCAGCCGAUACAUGGUCACUAUCAAGGAGGUGGCUGAUGAGGUCAUCUCAACACUGGUGAUCAUGCCUACUGUCCGUGAGGACUCAGGUUUCUUCUCCUGUCAUGCCAUAAACUCCUUUGGUGAGGACAGAGGUAUUAUACAACUUACAGUACAAGAACCACCAGACCCUCCCGAGGUGGAAAUCCGAGAGGUCAAAGAUCGGACAAUAGCCCUCCGAUGGACCAUGGGUUUCGAUGGCAACAGCCCCAUCACAGGAUAUGACAUAGAAUGCAAGAACAAAUCAGCUUCAUGGCUAUCAUCAGCCCAGGUAACAAAAGAUGUGUCACCACAGCUCAACCAAGCAACCAUUAUUGACCUCCACCCUUCUUCCACUUACAACAUCCGCAUGGUAGCCAAGAACACCAUUGGCAACAGCAACCCUAGCAAUGAACUCACCAUAACGACGGAUGAAGCAGCCCCUGAUGGCCCUCCGCAAGAUGUUACUCUGGAGCCCACCUCCCCCCAGAGCAUCAAGGUUACCUGGAAGCCUCCCCAGAAGCACCUGCAAAACGGGGUGAUCCGUGGCUACCAGGUAGGCUACAGGGAAUACAGCCCCGGCGGCAGCCACCAGUUCACCAUCAUCAGUAUGGACACCACUGGAGACACCACGGAGAGCAUCCUGCUGGACGACCUGAAGAAGUUCACCCAGUACAGUGUGGUGGUGCAGGCAGCCAACAGGGCAGGCACCGGGCCUUCCUCACAGCAGGUGGUCUCCAAGACCCUAGAAGACGUGCCAUCUCGCCCGCCUGAAAAUGUCCUCGCUGUGGCAAAAUCCCCAGAAGUAAUCUCCUUGUCCUGGAUGACCUUGCCCAGGGAGGCUCUCAACGGAAACCUGCAGGGCUACCGAGUCAUCUACUGGGCUAACCUGCCUGAUGGAGAAUUGGGCGAGAUCAGGAAUUUGACCACCUCCCAGCCAUCUUUGGAGCUUGACAGCCUGGAGAAGUACACCAACUACAGCAUCCAGGUUUUAGCCUUCACCAGGGCUGGAGAUGGUGUUCGCAGUGAACAAAUCUAUGUGCGCACCAAAGAAGAUGUUCCUGGUCCACCAGCUGGGGUGAAGGCAGCAGCCUCCACCAGCUCCGUGGUGUUUGUUUCCUGGCUCCCUCCACUCAAGCUCAACGGCAUUAUCAGGAAGUACAUUGUCUUCUGUUCCAACCUCCAUCCUAUGGUGAUGAGUGAGUUUGAGGCUUCUCCAGAUGUGUAUUUCUACAGAAUUCCUAACCUGGCUCGAAACAGACAGUACAGUAUUUGGGUAGUGGCUGUAACAGCUGCUGGCCACGGAAACAACAGCGAGAAGAUCACUGUAGAGCCUCUGGCCAAAGCUCCGGCCAGGAUUCUAACCUUUGAUGGUACAGUGACUACUCCAUGGAUGAAAGACAUUGUUCUGCCAUGCAGGGCAGUUGGAGAUCCACCUCCUACGAUCAAGUGGCUGAAAGGAAAUACCAAUGGGAACCCUACCCCCGUCCUGGUGGAUGGCCGCCGUAGUUUCCAUGGCAAUGGGAGUUUUGUAAUCCAUACAGUGAAAGCAGAAGAUUCUGGGAACUACAGAUGUGUGGCCAACAACAACUGGGGGUCAGAUGAGGUCACACUCAACCUGCAGGUUCAAGUCCCUCCUGACCAGCCACGUCUUACUGUAACCAAGACUACUACCACAUCGAUCACACUUUCAUGGAUACCAGGAGAUAAUGGUGGGAGCUCCAUCAGAGGUUACAUUUUACAGUACUCUGAGGACAAUAGUGAGAAGUGGGGAAGUUUUCCCAUCAGCCCUAGUGAACGGUCAUAUCGCCUGGAGAAUUUGAAGUGCGGCACCUGGUACAAGUUCACCCUCACAGCUCAGAACGCUGUGGGGCCAGGACGCAUCAGUGAGAUCAUCGAGGCUAAGACUCAUGGAAAAGAACCCCAGUUUGCCAAAGAACAUGAGCUCUUCACCAGCAUUAAUUCCACCAGGAUCCGACUGAACCUGGUCGGUUGGAACAACGGUGGCUGCCCAAUCACCUCCUUCAUACUUGAGUAUCGCGCGGUGGACUCGGGAACAUGGAUCACGGCCCAGCGCACCUCAUUGACCAAGAGCUAUAUCCUGUAUGACUUGCAGGAAGCAACCUGGUACGAGCUGCAGAUGAAGGUCACCAACACCGCUGGCUCAGCGGAAAAGAGGAUCACUUUUGCGACUCUCAAUGCAGAUGGAAGCACCAUCCCUCCCCUGCAGAAGACAGGAGACCCUAUCUCAGACAACAUGUCAGGUAGUGGAGGUCUAAAGAUGGUGGUGACUAUCACUUCUAUCCUGGUGGUUGCUGUCCUGGUCUUCAUCAUGCUUAUGGUGCUGAAGAGGAGGAGGAGGGAGCAGAGACUCAAAAGACUUAGAGAUGCCAAAAGCCUGGCAGAAAUGUUGAUGAGUAAGAACACCCGCACGCCAGACACGAUGAACAAGCAGCAGCAGACUCUAAGAAUGCACAUCGACAUCCCCAGAGCACAGCUCCUCAUUGAGGAGAGGGAUACCAUGGAGACCAUCGACGACAGGUCUACUGUGCUGCUGACGGACAAUGACUUUGGUGAGACAAAUAAGCAGAAAUCCUCCACAGUGACCCAUACAGUCCACUACCAGUCUCUGUCCCAGGCCACCGGACCACUGGUGGAUGUGUCCGAUGCCAGGCCUGGAACCAGUGAGUCCCACCACCACCCCACUGCUAGACGCACUGCCAAAGCUGGACCUGCCACUGCCCGAACCCGCUACGCCAGCCAGUGGACCCUCAACCGACCACAACCCACCAGCUCCUCACACACCCUGACCACCGACUGGAGAUUGCACACACCCCGCGCUACCGGCUCUGUGGAUAAGGAGAGUGACAGCUACAGCGUCAGCCCCUCACAGGACACAGACCGUGCACGGAGCAGUAUGGUAUCAACAGAGAGCGCAUCCUCUACCUAUGAGGAACUGGCCAGAGCCUAUGAGCACGCCAAGAUGGAGGAGCAGCUUCGCCAUGCCAAAUUCACCAUUACAGAGUGCUUCAUCUCUGACACCUCGUCAGAACAGAUGACAGCAGGGACCAAUGACUACACUGAUAGCCUGACCUCCAGCACGCCAUCUGAGUCAGGAAUCUGCCGCUUCACUGCCUCCCCGCCUAAACCUCAGGACGUCAGCCGGGUCAUGAACAUGGCCGUACCCAAAGCGCACAGACCUGGAGGAGAGCUGGUCCACCUGCCACCCUAUCUCCGUAUGGACUUUCUUCUGAAUAGAGGUGUGCCCCAACCGGCCCGAGGCACAGGGGCCAGCAGCAGCAGUGGCAGUGGCAGUGGAAGUGGAGUGGGAGGAAGGGGCAGUUGUGGUGCCACAGGGGAAAUGGAGGGAGGAGCAGGAGCUGUUGGCCAGACCUGCCUGGAGCCCCAGAGGAGUCGCACACUCAAGAGGCCCCCUCCAAUGGAGCCCACUCCUAUUGAGGUCCCCUCGCCCAGAGAGGUGCAGCAGUGGCAGCCAGGAACUGCCUCCACCCUUCCCCACAGGGAACCCCGGGAGAAGGAAGAGGCUCGUGGGGAGGUCCGUGGCGAAGUCGCCUCUUCAGGAGACCUGGUCCAAGCACAGGCUGCCAAGCUCAGCACCUCCCAAGAGUCCCUGUUGGACUCCAGAGGACACCUGAAACAAAGCAACAACCCCUAUGCCAAGUCUUACACUCUGGUAUAA